UACAUCGCUAAAAUACACAUCUACCAAUUAUCCGAUGGUGGGAUUUUUCGCUACGUACAAAACCAUACUUAGUACCAACUAUAUAAGAUCCAGAAGCAGAUAUCAUCCGGGUACACUAGCUGAUACUUUCCGCAGUGAAGAACAUCGAAAAAUGCGGAGCCAAGUCUUUUUCUCGUUAGUCGUCGUUGCGUUCUGUUUUGCGGGCUGCAGUGUUUUUGGCGAGGAUUUAGCCGCAGAGGAGCAGCUUAGGACCAAGGAUCUCGAUGAUUUUGACCCAGAAUCAGUUUCGACCGACGAUGCAGGACUCGUGCGGCCAAAACGGACGCUUCUUUUGAAGAAGAAGCUCCUCGGACUCGGAGCUCUCGGUCUAGGCGUUGAAUUUGGAGCUGUUAAAAGUUACGGCUACGGUGGCUACGGCGACGGAGGUUAUGGCAGAAACUACGGCGGAGGUUAUGGCGGAAACUACGGCGGAGGUUAUGGCGGAAACUACGGCGGAGGCUACAAUGGCUACUACAGGGAGGAAAAUUCUGGGCCAAGUUACGCGUCGCAUCCAGUUUACAUUGAGAAGCCAGUUUACGUUGAGAGGCCAGUGUACGUCGAGAAACAGGUUUACGUACCGAAACCGGUCUACGUAUCGAGGCCAGUUUACGUUGAGAAGCCCGUCUCCGUCGAAACGACGUACGGAUACGAGAGGCCCACCGAACACCAUGGAACCGGUUGGGGCUUGAACGGAAACGGGAACUCGAACGCGAACGCAAAUUCGUAUGGCAACAGUAACGGAUACGGAAACGGGAACGGAUACGCCAAUUCCUACGCCAGUAGCCAAGCCGAAAGCUGGAGUGCUGGCACUAAUUUAGGACAGUCUUCUCAAGCUCAUGCCAGCGCCAGCGCCUCUGCCGGCGCCUCUUCGGGGGGAAAUGGCGCCGGAAAUGGAGGCUACGCCUACUGAAGGUGCCUGAAGAAGAAGCAAUGAUUUUCGAAAAACGAAGUGAACUACGCUAGGAUUCAGAGUAUUGGAAAAAACAUCUCAUUCUCUUUGAAAUUUCAUCUCAAUCUACAAAAUGGAAGAUUCAGUUUUCGAUAGAAGCUAUCUAAUGUACACAUUUUUGUUCCCCACAAAUUGAUUUGAGUUGAUGAUUAAUUAUACUUUAUUGUAAGGUUUUUUAUUGCAAACUAUCGUCUUCUCUGUCAGUCAUACCUCAA